CUCACCGGAAGCUGCUCCUGGGAAGCGGCAGCGCCGCUGCUUGCGCAGGCGGCGGCUGGCAAUGGCGUCGCCGGGACUGAGCGAGCGGGAGAAAGCCGGGUGUCGCGAAAUCCUGGAGUUUCUCGGGAUGGAGGAGCUGAUGGCGCUGACGGACACCAUCACCAACCGCCUUGUGCACCCGGAGUGUCGCCAAGAAGCCAUUCGUGCUAUUUUGGUUUACAGCCAAAGUGCUGAGGAACUUUUGAAACGCAGGAAAGUCUGUCGAGAAAUAAUUUUUAAGUAUUUAGCAGCACAAGGAAUUCCAGUGCCUCCUUCCUCUGAGAAACAUCUGCUUAUUGAUCAUGUGAAGCAGUACUGGAGUAGGCAGCUGACUGCGGGACCCUCAGAGUCAGAGGAGAGAAAACCAAAGGCAAAGAGUCAUGGAGAGAGGCAGAAGUCACGAGAUGAUAUUCAUGAUCUAGGAGAAGAAUUCUGUCAGUGGUUCUUUGAACUCCUCAAUUCUCAACAUCCUUUGGGAGUAAAAUCUGAAGAAACAUGGGGGCCACAGCAUUUUUGGGAGAAUGCCAAAAUGAAGUUCUGUUACAACACAUUAGAAAAAAACACGGAAGAAUAUGUUGGUGCAGAAAUAGUGAGCCUUCGUCUGCUCUCAUUGGUUAAAGAAGAAUACCUUCUAUUCAACCCUAAUUUGCAUGCCAAUGGACUGAAAUGCGUCAUGUCUCAACAUGGGUUAGUACUGGUAGCAGUAGCUGGCACAGUACAUAGAGACAACGUUUGUUUGGGCAUCUUUGAACAAAUUUUUGGACUCAUUAGCUGUCCCUUUAGGGAAAAUACCUGGAAAAUAAAAGUUGUGAGUCUUAAAAUAGUUGGGCAGAAUGCUCUGGAACCUGGGAUGCAAAUUGAAAAACCCUCCAUAAAAUACAAAUCAAGUCAACUGCAAGAGUUUUAUGAUGGGAAAGAACUGACUGUGUUUGAACCUCAGAAAUUCUGAGCAGUUUUCUCACAACUGGGUGAAAAGGAACAUUUACAGCACUUAUAGUGCACAGCUGAAUAUUGAAAUGGUCGCAGCCGUGUAAUGUCUCUUUUUUGAGUCAGAUUUGAUGGAUGACAGAUACAGAGUAUUAAUACAGUUGAUGCUUUGUGGCAUCUUUCCAAGAACUAAGAAAUAUUUCAGAGUAUUACUUUAGGUUUAUACUAUACUUAAGAGUAGAGUUAGUUUGGUUAUUAUUGGUUACAAAACACGGUUAUGUUAAAAAAAUCUGUCAUCAGAAGUGUAUG